CGGAGCAGCGGCGGCGCCCGGGCGGGGAUGGCGUCUCCGGGAGCGCUGGAGCCGGCGGCCGGCAGCGUGCCGGGCACCAAGGUGGAGCUCACCGUGUCCUGCCGGAACCUGCUGGACAUGGACACCUUCUCCAAAUCUGACCCAGUGGUAGUCCUCUUCGUGCAGGGCUCGGGGAGCAGUGAGUGGAAGGAGUUCGGGCGCACCGAGGUGAUCGACAACACCCUGAACCCCGACUUUGUCCGCAAGUUUGUCCUUGACUACUACUUCGAGGAGAAGCAAAACCUCCGCUUCGAUGUCUACAACGUGGACUCCAAGAGCUGCUCCAUUUUAAAGCAGGACUUCCUGGGGCAGGCAUUUGUGGCACUGGGGGAAGUGAUCGGGUCCCAGCGGGGCCGCCUGGAGAGAGCCCUCACAGGGGUCCCGGGGAAGCGGUGUGGGACCAUCCUGCUGCUGGCUGAGGAGCUGAGCAACUGCCGGGACAUCGUCACAAUGCAGCUGUGUGCCAACAAGCUGGACAAGAAGGACUUCUUCGGAAAAUCCGACCCCUUCCUCGUCUUCUACCGCAGUAAUGAGGACGGCACCUUCACCAUCUGCCAUAAGACAGAGGUGGUGAAGAACACACUCAACCCGGUGUGGCAGCCCUUCACCAUCCCCGUGCGCGCCCUCUGCAACGGCGACUACGACCGGACGGUGAAGAUAGAUGUGUACGACUGGGACCGGGAUGGGAGCCAUGACUUCAUCGGGGAGUUUGCCACCAGCUACCGGGAGCUCUCCCGAGCACAGAGCCAGUUCACGGUGUACGAGGUGCUGAACCCCAGGAAGAAAUGCAAGAAGAAGAAAUACGUGAACUCCGGCACCGUGACACUGCUCUCCUUCUCUGUCGAGUCCGAGUUUACCUUCGUUGACUACAUCCGGGGCGGGACGCAGCUGAAUUUCACCGUCGCCAUCGACUUCACGGCCUCCAACGGGAUGCCGUCACAGCCCACCUCACUGCACUAUGCGAGCCCCUACCAGCUGAGCGCCUACGCCCUGGCGCUCAAGGCGGUGGGGGAGAUCAUCCAGGACUAUGACAGCGACAAGCUCUUCCCCGCCUACGGCUUCGGCGCCAAACUCCCACCCGAUGGCAAGAUCUCCCACCAGUUCCCCCUGAACAACAACGCGGACAACCCCAGCUGUGCCGGCAUCGAGGGUGUGCUGGAGUCCUACCUCCAGAGCCUGCGCACCGUCCAGCUCUACGGCCCCACUAACUUUGCCCCCGUGAUCAACCAGGUGGCUGGGGCAGCCGCCCAGGUGACUGAUGGCUCGCAGUACCAUGUCCUCCUCAUCAUCACCGACGGCGUCAUCUCUGACAUGCUGCAGACCAAGGAAGCCAUCGUCACUGCUUCUGCCUUGCCCAUGUCCAUCAUCAUCGUGGGAGUGGGUCCAGCUGAGUUUGAGGCCAUGGAGGAGCUGGACGGUGACGAGGUACGAGUGUCUUCCCGGGGACGCUAUGCCGAGAGGGACAUCGUACAGUUUGUGCCGUUUCGGGAUUACGUGGAUGACUCAGGAAACCAGGUGCUGAGCAUGGCCCGCCUGGCCAAGGACGUGCUGGCUGAGAUCCCUGAGCAGCUGCUCUCCUACAUGAAGACCCGUGACAUCAAGCCUCGCCGGGCAGACCCCCAGUAGCUCCUCCGUGGGGCCGACCGGUGGGGCGAGGAUGUGUCACCUUUCUUCUGCCGGUGGCCAGGGCUUAGCCAUGGAGAUGUGGCCCCCCCAAGGGUGAUAACCGGCUGCUGCAGUCGGUGAACUGGGCUGGGACCCUCCUCUUCUGGCAGCGAGACCACGGGGCUGGACGUCCCCAGCUGCCCCCUCCUCCUGCCCGGCCGGCAGCGAUGCUCUGGCACAGCGGGGACUGUCUGUCCUUUGGCCGCAGGCAGGGCCAGCGCCCGGGCACAGGCUGUUGGGGGGCCACGGCGUGUCCCCCCCAGGAGGGCAGCCGGGCUCCCUUGCCCGGGGAGGAGGCUGACCCUGGGGCUGGGUGCAUGUCGGGGGUCCCAGCCCCACCAACUCCUUGGGGCAGCGGGCAACCCCCGCUCCUGCCUGCACCCCAUUCCUGCCUGCACCCCGCUCCUGCCUGCAUCCUGCCACUCGGCUGAGCGCCAGCACCCCCGUCCUCCGGCUCUGGUGCCACGGCGCUGUCCUGCCUGCCCCGCACCCUGCCCCGCACCCUGCCCCGCUGCCCUCAGCAGGGUCCUGGCCCCGCAGCCGGGGGUGCCGCAGGGCUGAGCCCCACAGCUAUGGGGUGCUGCAGGGCCUGGCCCCACAGCCGGGGAGUGCCGCAGCCGGGGGGGUGCCGGGGCGGCUCGGCGGGAGGGCAGGCGGGGUCUGUACCGCGUUACCGACUGUAAAUAAACUGCUCCA